GCAGAAGAAGAAGAAGAACUCCGAGCGAACGGACAGCUGAACGCUUCAUGAAUUGAUGUAGUUUGGCUGGUUAACAGUGUCACCAAACCAGAGACAGACAACACAGCCCGUAAAGAUGCUUUGGUUUGAGGGCACAAUUCCUGCUGCCAUUAACUUGGCUAAACAGCGGAGUUACGUCUUUGUCGUUGUUAUUACAGGAGAAGAUGAACAGUCAGCACAGCUGAUGUCCAGCUGGGAGGAUGACAGAGUGUCGGAGGCAGCACAGAACUGUUGUGUCACCAUCAAAGUCGAUGCCAAGAGUGAAUCGUGUGGGCAGUUCUCUCAGAUCUAUCCAGUUGUGUGCAUACCUUCAAGCUUCUUUAUCGGAGAGAAUGGGAUCCCUCUGGAGGUCAUCCCUGGCAGUGUGUCUGCUGAAGAACUGAUGAAAAGAAUAAAUAGAGUUAAGCAGAUGCAUGCCCACCAGAUUGGAGGUGGGACAGUGUUACCAGAAGCAAGUGGUCCUAUGGAGACCAGUCCUUUUGAUAGCACAGUUCCAGCCUCAGCUUCAGCAGCGCCCGUUGGGUCAGCAGCAGCUACAGAACUGACAGCAGUACCAGGAGAAGAGAAAGUGUCCCUCUUGAGCACCUCAAGCACGGCAGAUGAUGGCAGCCCUUCAGGCACAGUGACUCUUACAGAUAAUGCAUCUUCAGAUCAUGCUGCUCAGAGUGAUGAAAACCUUGAUGCUAAGGUGGAAAGGUUAACCAAGAGACUUGAGGAGAGAAGAGAGCAAAGAAAGAAAGGAGAAGAAGAGAAUGAGAUCAAGAAGGAAAUGGAGCGGAGGAAGAUGGGGAAGGACGUGCAGGACUUAAAGAGAAAACAGGAAGACGAGAAAACCAAGCGACUCCUGGAAGAAAGGAACAGAGAGAAAGCUGAAGAGAAGGCUGCAAGGGAGCGGGUCAAACAGCAGAUUGCCUUAGACCGAGCUGACAGAGCAGCCCGCUAUGCCAAAAACCAGGAGGAGGACAAGAUUGCCAAGCAGGCCCUAUUGCAGGCCAGACAGGCAGAACAGGAUGCCAGGAGGGAGACAUUAGUCAGGGAGAGGAGUACCAUAGCGAGGAUACAGUUCCGCCUCCCAGAUGGCUCAUCCUUCACCAACCAGUUCCCCUCACAGAGCAGACUGCAGGAGGCUCGGCAAUUUGCUGUUCAGGAAGUGGGAAACCGCUAUGGAAACUUCUCCCUGGCAACCAUGUUCCCUCGGCGGGAGUUCACCACUGAAGACCUGAACAAGACUUUGCUGGAGCUGGAACUGGCUCCAAGUGCUUCCAUUGUGCUUCUGCCAUCAGGCAGACCUGCUAACACAGUGGUCCAGUCUUCUGAUGGUGGUCUCUGGGCAGUUCUGGGCACACUCCUCUACCCUCUGCUGGCUGUAUGGAGAUUCUUCAGCUCCUUCCUGUUUACAACUCCACCCCCUCCUGGAGCAGUAUCCAGAGGCCCAAGCCACCAGUCCACCUCCUACACCAACUCAACAUCAGCCUCCGAAAAAACAAAGAGAGAAACUCUUUCCAAGCAAAAUCUGGAGAAACGGCCUAAGGACUUCAAAAAGGACGGGAAAAUCUGCAGGCUCAGGACUCAGGAGGACAGCGAGGAUGACAACAACACCUGGAAUGGGAAUUCCACCCAGCAGAUGUAGUGAAAUAACAGCGGCUCUCCUUUGGUCUGGCUCUCCUGGUGUGAUUAGUUCAAGGUUUCUGCUGCACUUAGGGCUGAUCCUUAUGUUCUCUCCUUCUCUUACUGUGUUCCAGGUCCCUGCACCUCGCCUGCAUGGGUAGAUCAUUAAUAAUCAACAGAACCUUCCUUGGGCUUAAGCUGAGUGUUUUUGUGUUGAUUAUGACCCGAUUCUGUCUCUUAACCUGGGCUCAGGCUACACCAGCAUCUUCUCUUGAGUGUGUAGCUCUAUUUAAUCAUUUUCAAAUUAGGUUUUUAAAUGACCUAGGUGGGGCUCUGGUUGUAUCUGGCACCAAAUUCUGUGAAACGGUCGACCUGACCUGAAGAUUAUGUAAUCUGAGCCUGGCUUCACAUUACGCUAUGAAGUCUCUGUGUUUUGGAGAUGUUUAGCUUUAAUAAGAGACUGGCUGAUUGCCAGUGACCCAUCCAUAUUAUUACUUAACAGUGGAAUGAAGAUAUUUUUGUUUUAGAUGUGUAAAAUAUUUCAUCUAACAGCUUGCAGCUGCUGGCUGAAGACUAUGCUUCUGUAGCUGUUGGAGUUAUACCAAGGUGGUGGUGGAUCACACACAAUAUGUGUCUCUCUUAGCAGACAAUGGUUGACUACUGUAGUUGUCUUCAUCUAAUAAUAAAAAUUAAAACAGA